CAAGAUCCCGACAAAACUUCAUCGUCAACCACUCCAACCACAAUUACACCCUCCCACCACCCAAUUGAGCCACCCCCCCUCUUGUGAAGUCAUCUUCAGCUGAGGUAUAUCGUGCUCAACAUGCUGGCUAGAUCUUGCCUGCGCUCGACGCGCGGGGUCUCCGCCGUCCGAAAUGGCGCGGUUAACACCACAAAGGUACGAACAACACCACAUUCCCCACGACGGGUAUUGGCGAGGCAGGCGGGGCAAGGAAUAUAUCAAGAGAAAGGAUAUAUUAUUGCGGGUUGAAUGCUAACAAGGUGGUUGUGUAGCGGGCCGCCUCUUCGACAUCAAAUGCUGCCUCUCCCUUUGCCUUGAACGUCGCCGGUACUGUUUCGACAGCGAUGGCUAUCGGAUCAGCGGCAUGGUACUAUCACUUAUACGGACCCGAGCUACACGCUAUGACACCAGUAGAAGAAGGGUGAGUGAUGGCUUGCCUAUGCUCAAUGAAGCCAGAGCGAUGCGCUUUCCUCAUGCGAGGGAGCAUUAAGAAUGGCAGAUUUGAGAUUGGAUGGGAUUGCAUAGUCUAACAGAUUGAUAGUCUUCACCCAACAAAAUACCCAUGGGAACACGCAAAGUGGAAUAAAACCUUUGAUCACCAAGCGUGAGUAUUUUGCCACAAAUUUACAAAAGAUAUCAAUUGACAAAUGAUAGUCUUCGUCGAGGUUUCCAAGUGUAUCAAGAAGUCUGCGCCUCAUGCCAUUCCCUCAGUAGAGUCCCAUACCGAGCGUUAGUUGGUGUUACCCACACUGUCGACGAAGCCAAAGCCAUGGCCGAAGCCAACGAAUAUGACUCCGAGCCCAACGAUGAGGGUGAAAUUGAGAAGCGUCCAGGAAAGCUUUCCGAUUAUCUCCCACGCCCUUACAAGAACGACGAGGCUGCACGUGCUGGUAAUAACGGCGCUCUGCCACCAGAUCUAUCGCUGAUGGCCAAGGCACGUCACGGUGGAAUUGAUUACAUCUUCAACUUAUUGACUGGAUAUCCCGAUGAAGUGCCUGCAGGAGCUGUGGUCCCAGAAGGGCUCAACUUCAACCCAUAUUUCCCAGGUACUGGAAUCGCCAUGGCUCGGGUCUUGUACAACGAAUUGGUUGAGUAUGAGGAUGGAACUCCAGCCUCAACCUCGCAAAUGGCAAAGGAUGUCACCGAGUUCUUGAACUGGUCAGCAGAGCCAGAAAUGGACCAGCGAAAGAAGAUGGGAGUGAAGGUUAUCACUAUUACACUUGCACUAUUUGCGUUGAGCGUGUGGGUCAAGAGAUACAAGUGGGCAGCUGUAAAGACAAGAAAACUCAACUACACCCCUCCAUCAAUGGGGGGCAAACACACCAACGGUCACUAG